CGUGAAGUGGCAUCAAAACGUAAAUUCCGGUCGGUUUUCUUCUGCUCACCCCAUUGGGCGUUGGUUUGCAGAGUUAUUUCUGCAAUAAAUAAUUAAAGCCAAUAUGGAUAUACAACCUAGAGAGAUAAGAGUAUUGGAUACGGUUGAGGAUAUCCAAGAGCGCAGGGAUCAGGUGCUUGGUCGAUAUGCAGAAUUCAAAGUCGAAGCACGAAAUAAGCGAGAUCGAUUAGAGGAUUCGAGACGAUUUCAAUAUUUUAAAAGAGAUGCUGAUGAACUGGAGUCUUGGAUCAAUGAAAAAUUGCAAGCUGCGUCAGAUGAGAGUUACAAAGAUCCAACUAAUCUGCAGGCAAAGAUACAGAAACAUCAAGCUUUUGAAUCUGAAGUUGCAGCUCACAGCAAUGCAAUCGUAGCUUUGGAUAAUACUGGUUCCGAAUUGAUAAAUCAGAAUCACUUUGCUUCUGAUGUUAUUAAGAGAAGGCUUGAAGAAUUGCAUAAGCUUUGGGAAUUGCUGUUAUCACGCCUUGCAGAUAAAGGACUCAAGUUACAGCAAGCUCUUGUGUUGGUGCAGUUUCUACGUCAGUGCGAUGAAGUUAUGUUUUGGAUCAAUGACAAGGAAGCAUUUGUCACAACUGAUGAAUUUGGUCAAGAUUUGGAGCAUGUGGAGGUUCUUCAGAGAAAGUUUGAUGAAUUCCAAAAAGAUAUGGCAAGUCAAGAGUUCAGAGUUCAAGAAGUAAAUGAACAAGCAGAUAAACUAAUUAAUGAAGGCCACCCAGAAGGGGAUACUAUAAACAAGAGAAAAGAGGAGGUGAACGAUGCUUGGCAAAGGUUGAAAGCUUUGACACUCUUAAAACAAGAAAAACUCUUUGGUGCACAUGAAAUUCAAAGAUUUAAUAGGGAUGCUGAUGAAACUAUUGCAUGGAUAACUGAAAAAGAUCUUGUUCUAUCAUCUGAUGAUUAUGGACGUGAUUUAGUUAGUGUUCAAACAUUGCAGCGUAAGCAUGAAGGUAUCGAGAGAGAUUUAGCUGCUUUAGAAGACAAGGUAAUGACUCUUGCUCAAGAAGCGGACAGAUUGUGCAACAUUCAUCAAGACCAUUCAAGUCAAAUUCAGUGCAAAAAUGCAGAAAUUUCCAGUAACUGGGAGAGUUUAAAAUCAAAGGCUCAAGAAAGACGUAGACGUUUAGAUGAAUCAUAUUUGCUUCAUAGAUUUUUGGCAGACUUCAGAGAUUUGGUAUCUUGGAUUCAUGAUAUGAAAGCAAUCAUUUCUGCCGAUGAGCUUGCAAAAGAUGUAGCUGGUGCUGAAGCUCUUCUAGAACGUCAUCAGGAGCAUAAAGGUGAAAUUGACGCUCGAGAAGAUAGUUUCAGAGCAACCGCAGAAGCAGGGAAAAUGCUGCUGGAUCAAGAUCAUUAUGCAGUUGAUGAAGUAAAGGAAAAGCUAGUUACUUUGGCUAGUGAAAAGCAGUCUCUUUUAUCCUUAUGGGAAGAAAGACGUAUUCUUUAUGAGCAGUGCAUGGAUUUACAGUUGUUUUACAGAGAUACAGAACAGGCUGAUACGUGGAUGGCAAAACAAGAAGCAUUUUUGGUUAAUGAAGAUUUAGGUGACUCUCUGGACUCUGUUGAAGCUCUUAUUAAAAAACAUGAAGAUUUUGAAAAAUCACUAGCAGCCCAGGAAGAAAAAAUUAAGGCAUUAGAUGAAUUUGCUACAAAAUUGAUUGAAGGUCAACAUUAUGCAGCUGAUGAUGUUGCUCAAAGAAGAGUUGCUUUAUUAGAGAGAAGAUCUGCUUUGAUGGAAAAGUCUGAUAUUCGAAGAGCAAUGCUUGAGGAUUCAUACCGUCUCCAGCAAUUUGAGAGAGAUUGUGAUGAAACUAAAGGUUGGAUUAGUGAAAAAUUAAAAACAGCCACAGAUGAAAGUUACUUGGAUCCUACUAAUGUAAAUGGUAAAGUUCAGAAGCACCAGAAUUUCGAACAAGAAUUAAAUGCCAAUAAAAGUCGAAUUGAUGAAAUUGCUAGCACUGGGCAAGAGUUGAUAGAAGCCAAUCAUUAUGCUUCAUCCAGAAUAAGUCAACGCAUGAUGGAGAUCUUGGAUAUGUGGAAAUCACUUGUUGAAGCUACUGAAAGCAAAGGCUCCAAGUUAAAUGAAGCUGCUGCACAGCAACAGUUUAAUCGUGGUAUAGAGGACAUUGAAAUUUGGUUAUCUGAAGUGGAGGGACAGUUGUUGUCUGAAGAUUAUGGAAAGGAUUUAACUAGUGUUCAGAAUUUGAUUAAAAAGCAUGCUCUAUUAGAGGCUGACAUAGCUUCUCAUCAAGAUCGAAUAGAUGGUGUUGUAGUUCAGGCUACAAAUUUUGUUGAAAGAGGACAUUUUGAUGCAGCUUCAAUUCAAAGUAAACAAGUAGCCCUUGUAGAUCGAUACAAUGCACUGCAGAAGCCAAUCCAAUCACGAAGACAACGUUUGCAAGACUCUUUAAGAGUGCAGCAGCUUUAUAGAGAUAUUGAAGAUGAAGAAGCAUGGAUUCGGGAAAAGGAACCAAUUGCAGCCUCAACGAAUAGAGGUCGUGACCUCAUUGGUGUUCAAAAUCUUAUCAAGAAACAUCAAGCUAUGCUAGCGGAGAUAAAUAAUCAUGAAAAUAGAGUUCGUUCAGUUUGUCAGUCUGGUGAUGAAAUGGUGCAGGAAGGUCAUUUUGCUUCUAAUGAUAUCCAAAAGCGUCUAAGUAGUGUGAAUGAAAAGUGGCAAGCUUUGAAAGAUAAAGCCUUACAAAGAAAACAAGAUUUAGAAGAUUCCCUUCAGGCUCAUCAAUAUUUUGCCGAUGCCAACGAAGCGGAGUCAUGGAUGAAAGAAAAAGAACCAAUUGUUGGAAGUCAGGACUUUGGAAAAGAUGAAGACUCUACAGAGUCUCUAUUGAAAAAACAUGAAGCAUUGAUGGCUGACCUUGAAGCUUUUGGAAAUACUAUAUUUUCAUUGAAAGAACAAGCACACUCAUGCAGGCAACAAGAAAGACCUAUUGUGGAUCAUGCUGGCAAAGAAUUUGUCAUGGCAUUAUAUGACUAUGUUGAAAAAAGUCCACGUGAGGUUUCCAUGAAAAAAGGAGAUGUUUUGACUUUGCUGAAUAGUAACAACAAGGAUUGGUGGAAAGUGGAAGUUAAUGACAGGCAAGGAUUUGUACCUGCUGCUUAUGUUAAAAAAAUAGAGGCUGGUCUUUCUUCGAGCCAACAGAACUUGGCUGAUACAAAUAACAUCUCUGCUCGUCAGUCACAGAUUGAAACACAAUUUGACAAUCUCAUGGGCUUGGGACAAGACAGAAGAAAUAAACUGGAAGAGUCAUGUAAGGCUUAUCAACUAGUUCGUGAAGCUGCUGAACUUGCUCAAUGGCUUAAAGAUAAGGAACAAAUAGCUCAAGUUCAAGAUGUUGGAGAAGAUCUAGAACAAGUGGAAGUUAUGCAAAAGAAUUUUGAUGACUUCAAAGCUGAACUAUUAACAAAUGAAACAAGAUUACAACAGAUGAACGAAACUGCUAGCCGACUAAUGAGCUCUGGGCAUACUGAAGUUGCUGUGAAGAUUCAAACACAAAUUGAGGAAGUAAAUCAAAAAUGGCAAGAAGUUCAGCAAGUUUCAGCAGAAAGAGCUACUCAGCUAGGCUCAGCUCAUGAAGUCCAGCGUUUCCAACGUGAUGUUGAUGAAACAAAAGAUUGGAUUCGUGAAAAAGAUGAUAAUCUGAACUCUGAUAUAUGUGGUGAUGAUUUGCGAAGUGUUCAGACUUUACAAAGAAAACAUGAAGGUCUUGAAAGAGAUUUGGCUGCUCUUGGGGACAGGAUUCGCAGCUUAGAUGACACUGCAAGUCGUUUGAUGCAGACGCAUCCUGAAGCAGCUGAAACCAUAUAUACAAAACAAAAAGAAAUUAAUGAAGAAUGGACGCAGUUAACUGCAAAAGCAAAUGCUAGAAAAGAAAAACUUUUGGACUCUUAUGAUUUACAGAGAUUCCUUGCUGAUUAUAGGGAUUUGAUGUCAUGGAUUCAAAGCAUGAUGAGUCUAGUGUUCUCUGAAGAACUAGCUAAUGAUGUUACUGGUGCAGAAGCUUUACUGGAAAGGCACCAGAACUACCGUUCUGAGAUUGACGCACACUAUGGUAUCCCACAGGAGCAUCGUACUGAAAUAGAUGCCAGAGCAGGAACAUUUCAAGCGUUUGAAAUGUUUGGACAACAAUUACUGCAAAGUGGACAUUAUGCUAGUGUUGAAGUACAGGAGAAACUGGAAAAAAUGAAUGAUGCAAGACAAGAAUUAGAAAAAGCAUGGAUUGCUAGACGAAUGAAGCUUGACCAAUGUCUGGAGCUACAGCUCUUUUACAGAGAUUGUGAACAGGCUGAAAACUGGAUGGGCAGUCGAGAAGCUUUUCUCAGCUCAGAUGAUAUGGGUGGAGAUAACGUUGAGUCAUUGAUCAAGAAGCAUGAAGAUUUUGAUAAAGCUAUCAAUGCCCAAGAGGAGAAAAUUGCUGCAUUAGCUGCUUUGGCUGAUCAGUUAGUUGCUGCUGAUCAUUAUUCUUCAGAUGCCAUUAAUGAAAAGAAAGAUCAAGUGCUUGAAAGAUGGCGUCAUUUGAAAGACAAUCUGAUCAAGAAACGAUCCAAAUUGGGUGAAUCAAUGACACUGCAACAGUUCAGUCGUGAUGCUGAUGAAAUUGAAAACUGGAUCACAGAAAAGCUUCAAAUGGCUAUGGAUGAGUCCUACAAAGAUCCUACUAAUAUACAAAGCAAACACCAAAAGCAUCAAGCCUUUGAAGCAGAAUUGGCUGCUAAUGCCGACAGAAUCCAGUCUGUUUUGGCAAAUGGUCAAAACCUCAUUGAUCAACAUCAGUGUGCUGGGUCAGAGGAUGCUGUGCAAGCUCGUUUAAGUUGCUUAGCUGAGCAAUGGGAACAUCUGACGAAGAAAACAAUUGAAAAGAGCAUCAAAAUUAAGGAAGCAAACAAACAGCGUACAUUCAAUGCUGCUGUGAAAGACAUAGAUUUCUGGUUGGGAGAAGUUGAAUCUUUAUUGAAAUCAGAGGAAUCUGGUAAAGAUUUGGCCUCAGUUCAGAAUCUGAUUAAAAAACAUCAACUUGUUGAAGCAGAUGUAAAUGCGCACGAAGAUCGUAUUCGUGAUAUGAAUAGCCUUGCAGACAGCUUGUUUAAAUCUGGCCAGUGUGAUGCAGCUGUUAUAGAAGAAAAGCGUAGUUCAAUAAAUGAACGUUAUAACAGAGUCAAGACUCUUGCUGGCCAUCGAAGAGCAAGGCUGAAUGAAGCUAAUACAUUGCAUCAAUUUUUCCGAGACAUAGCUGAUGAAGAAUCAUGGAUUAAGGAAAAGAAACUGUUAGUUAGUUCUGAUGAUUAUGGACGUGAUCUUACUGGUGUACAGAACUUAAGGAAAAAGCAUGUACGACUGGAAGCAGAAUUGGCUGCUCAUGAGCCAACAAUUGAAGCAGUUCAAGAGGCUGGUCAGAAGCUCAUGGCGGAAUCCAAUUUAGGCGUACCUGAAAUUGAGCUCAGGUUGAAAAACCUCGAUAAAGCCUGGCAAGAACUUAAAAAGAUGACUUCUGAUAGAGGAACAAAGUUGAACGAGUCCCUCUCUUAUCAAAAUUUCUUGGCUAAAUUGGAAGAGGAAGAAGCUUGGAUUUCUGAAAAACAUCAGCUUCUUACUGUUGAAGAUUAUGGGGAUACCAUGGCAGCUGUUCAGGGAUUGUUGAAAAAACAUGAAGCAUUCGAAAUUGAUUUUGCUGUUCACCGUGACAGAUGUGUUGGAAUAUCAUCUGAAGGACAGCAGUUAAUUGCUGAAGGAAAUCAUCAUUCUGAUAGUAUUAGCCAAAGGUUACAACUUUUGCAUGAUAGAAUAAAUGCCCUUGACACCAGUGCUGCGAGAAGAAAAAGCAAGUUGAAGGACAAUUCUGCAUAUUUGCAGUUUAUGUGGAAAGCAGAUGUCGUUGAAAGUUGGAUAGCGGACAAAGAAACUCAUGUACGUUCAGAGGACUAUGGUCGAGAUUUGUCUUCUGUACAAACUCUUUUAACAAAACAAGAAACCUUUGAUGCAGGAUUGGCUGCAUUUGAACAAGAAGGCAUUCAAAGUAUUACUCAGUUAAAAGAUCAACUUUUGGCAGCUAAUCAUGAGCAGACAUCAGCUAUUGUCAAACGUCAUGAUGAUGUAAUGGGAAGGUGGCACAAUCUGUUAGCAGCAUCAGAAGCACGAAAGCAACGCUUACUUCACAUGCUUGAGCAGUUCAAGCAGAUUGAAGAUUUGUUCCUUACUUUUGCUAAGAAAGCUUCUGCUUUCAACAGUUGGUUUGAAAAUGCAGAAGAGGAUCUUACUGACCCAGUGCGCUGUAAUUCCAUAGAAGAGAUAAGAGCUUUGCGAGAAGCUCAUGCACAAUUUCAAGAAUCUUUAAGUUCUGCACAAGCAGAUUUUGAAGUUCUUGCAGCUUUGGACCAACAGAUAAAAUCAUUUAAUGUUGGUGCAAAUCCGUACACUUGGUUUACUAUGGAAGCUUUAGAAGAUACAUGGCGUAAUCUACAGAAGAUUAUUCAUGAGAGAGAUGGAGAGUUGGCAAAAGAAGCUCAAAGACAGGAAGAAAAUGAUAGAUUAAGAGUGGAAUUUGCUAAACAUGCUAAUGCCUUCCACCAAUGGCUCACAGACACAAGAAUGUGGCUACUUGAUGGUUCAUCAAUGUUAGAAGGCACUGGUUCUUUAGAGGCACAGCUUGAAGCAACUAAACGGAAGGCAGCAGAGGUUAGAGCACGAAGGACUGAACUAAAACAAAUAGAAGACCUUGGUGCCUCUUUAGAGGAACAUCUUAUUUUAGAUAAUCGGUACACAGAGCAUAGCACUGUUGGUUUAGCACAGCAGUGGGAUCAGUUAGAUCAACUAGGAAUGAGAAUGCAGCACAAUCUAGAGCAACAAAUUCAAGCCAGGAACCAAAGUGGUGUGUCAGAAGAUGCUCUUAAAGAAUUUAGCAUGAUGUUCAAGCAUUUCGAUAAAGAAAAAUCUGGUAGACUCAACCACUUCCAAUUUAAGAGUUGCCUUCGAGCUCUUGGAUAUGAUCUUCCAAUGGUUGAAGAAGGGCAACCAGAUCCUGAAUUUGAAGCAAUACUAAAUAUUGUCGACCCUAAUCGUGAUGGUUAUGUGUCUCUACAAGAAUACAUGGCUUUUAUGAUAUCCCGUGAAACAGAGAACGUUAGGUCCAGUGAAGAAGUUGAAAAUGCCUUCCGUGCAAUUACAUCUGGAGAAAGACCAUAUGUUACAGCUGAAGAGCUUUAUGCAAAUCUUACAAAAGAAAUGGCAGACUACUGCCUGUCUCGAAUGAAACCAUAUGAAGAUAAAAGUGGAAGAACAAUUCCUGGAGCAUAUGACUACAUAGAUUUUACUCGUACACUUUUUCAAAAUUAAGAACUGUUCAUAACGCUUUCAUCGCACUCUACUUCACCGGUCUUCAUUUUGUAAUUAUUCCUUUUGCUUUUUAGGAUGGAAAAAUUUCAUCUCUAUUGUUUUUCAUGUUUUAUUGAUUGGAAUGUUAUUAUCUUAGACUCUUUUAUACUUUACUAGCUUUAAGAUUAUAGAUAUAGAUAUUAUAUUUAUUGGUUGAGAUUAUAAUUUAGAUUCAUAUCAUAAUUAAAGCACUUUUUAAUGAAAAAACUAUUUUAUGCUUGAUGGGCGUACGCAACUAUAAAGCUCCUGUGGUAAAUAUUUUGUAAAUGUUGAUUAAAGUAUUAAAGAUCUCAGAUGGC